AUGCAUGAUCUCAUUCAUGAUCUAGCACACUUUGCUUUAGAGAAUGAAUGCUUCACAUCGUUGAACAGCAGUGCAGCCCCUGAAAUCCCAAUACGGCCACAUCAUUUGAAUUUAUAUUCUGAUAAAAAUUAUAAUCAGGCUGAUUGCUCCAUCAUACGUACUGUGCUAAAGUUUAAAACAGACUUAAGUGUGUUGUCAAGGCUGAAGUUUGUCAGAGUGCUCGACUUGAGUGAUACACACAUUAAUGAGUUGCCUGCAUCAAUAGAGCAUUUGCACCAUCUAAGAUACCUCGAUCUUUCUUAUACUAAAAUAAGGAAACUACCGGAAUCCAUUUAUUUUAAGGCAUUACCUGCUGGUUUGAGUCAAUUACAGAACUUGAAAACAUUAACACGAUAUACUGUGGGAGAUGAAGCAAAGAACAACAUAGGGCAAUUAAGGUCAUUGAAUCCCUUUAGUGAACUUGCUUUGGAUAACCUCCAGAAGGAUCAUCAUGAUGAAUAUUGUUUAAUGGAAAAUGCGGAGGACGUGUUGGAAGCCUUGAAACCUCCCAGUGGAGUAAAACAACUUACAGUUAGUUAUUAUCCAGGCAAACAAUUUCCAAUAUGGAUGGGAGAAAUGCAACAAUUCCAAUAUCUACAUCGCAUCGAACUAUCUGAAUGCAGAGAAUGUGAGCAACUCCCUCCACUUGAGACAUUACCCAAUCUUGCGGAUCUGAGUAUCAGUGACAUGGAUGGCAUCAAACACAUUGUUAACAACAGCAAAGGCAAUGCGCUGCAAUCAUUCCCUGCAUUGAAGGGGUUGAUUUUAUAUAGAAUGAAGAACCUAGAGGGGUGGUGUGUGGAGGAGGGUAGAGAAGCAAAUCAGUCCUUGUUUCCAUGCCUCAUUCGGAUGGAUAUUGGAAGAUGUCCCAAGUUGACAACCAUGCCACCCAUUCCAACUCUCCAGGAAUUAUAUAUGGUGCGACCAUUCCGUAAGACACAAAUCUCUCUCGUGUCCAAGGAAAGAAGGUAUUUUACUGGUGUAUCAUCACUAGGUGACUCUUGUCCACCGUUUCUGAAGAGUCUUGAAGUUUCUGGCAGUGAUGCCCUGAGAGAAUUGCCCACAUGUCCCACGUCACUCCAGUACUUGAAAAUUGACAAGUGUCGAGGCAUGGAGUCUUUGGGACCAGAAAUGGGACACCUUACUUCGCUAUCCAGAUUAGAAUUAUCUAGAUGUCCAAAGCUGAAGUCAUUCAAAGAAGGCCUGCAACAACUUCUUCCUACUCUAAAAUCACUAUAA